AUGUCGUCCUCUCGAUUACCUUCGAAAUUCCCCUGUUGGUGUCGCGCGGUCUAUUCGUGGGGAGGAGAGACGGACAGAGACCUGGGAUUUGUGGAAGGCGACCUGAUAGAAUGUCUAAAUGCUGGCGACGGCUCGUGGUGGAUGGGCAGACUGAGGCGAGACAGACGGAUGAUGGGCUUAUUCCCCUCGAAUUUUGUCGUUGUUCUCGAGGACAACUUUGUGCCUAUGAGUCGAUCUGUCAGCCCGUUGCCAGACCUACACAAAACCGAUAGCGGGCGCAAAAGUACCCUAGAACAGCAACAGGAAAAGAAAGAGCGAGCAAAAUCCAGAAGACCUUUUCAAGGUUACAAGCAUGCCAAACCUCCUUCUGGCACGGGAACCACACCUCAACAGAGGGCAGCCCCAGCACAACCACCUCCGCAAGCAUACGACCCAAGAAAUCCUCCCUCUACAGUGCUCUGGCAGCAGAGACUACCAUCGCGAGCGCCAUCAAGAUCUCCCUCUCCAAUACCACACCAUGAAAUAGGCUCCUCGCCUCCACCGCCUCCUCCACCUCAUCGCAUUCUUGGAGGCGUCAAUGGAGGCGUGUCUCGGGCGCCGUCUCCAGCUCCUCAGCCACUUGAUAUGAACGAUAGAUAUCUAACGUUCUCCCGCACACCCUCACCUGCACCGCCUUCUCUGAACGGCCACACUCCUCCUAUGAUCCGUAGCGCUAUGGACGAUGUCAUGUCUUCGCUUGAUGAUAUGACAUUAGUUGGACACGAUCCAAAACAAGCGCAGGACAACGAUUUCAACCCUUGGUCUCCAGAAGCCUUUGACGAUUUCCGUCGGCCCAACGAACGAUCGGAUCCUCGGCCAGUGACCAGUCUAGGACUAGCUGCGGGAGGCAGCAACUACUCAGAAGGCCGGAUCAACUAUAGUAGCCGUCACAACAGCCCAGACAGAUUUCAAGAUGGUGCUCCGAGACUUGAGAAUUAUGUCCAACGAAUGGAGAGCAGGCUUCGUCGUAUGCAGCAGGCGAGAGAAGGCUUGACAGAUCCGGGCGAUGAUGUUGGCAGCGAUCCACCUGAACCACCUGCAAAGAACUCACCCUGGGCUUCGCGUCCUGUUUCAUCCAUGGCAGAUCGUAGACGGUCACUGCGGAAGAGGAAGUCAGCCUACGAACUUGGAAACAAUGGGUUAGCAAGGACGUACACGUCUAAGACAAAUUCUACAAACUCCAGCAGCGGCGUUCAGAGUGUUGCGACAAAUUCGUCGCACCAAUCUAGCAUGACCAGCCAAAGUCUCAUGAGCGGGUACUCUGCUGGCGCUUUCAGCGCAACCAGUGCUGGCAGUCUCGCGAGGAAAAGAAUGGGGAGCAUCCGAGACAAGAUGAGCCGACCUAUGACGAGCGCAGGCAUGAGAAUUGAUAGAUGGGAGCAAAAUGAUCCGAGACCCAAAACACCGGUGACAGGCAUCUCCUUCCAUUCCAGUCACGACUCAAGGCAAGGGGCAAAGUCCGCGAUAGGCUGGGAAGAUGCAGAGAGGAGUACAACUGGCGGUCUUGGUGGAUUUAUCACGCCCAAAGCAAAGAAGCCUGGUUUCUUCAAGAAACUGAUGGACAGUGCAAAGACGGGCGCAGCGAGUGCCAGAAGUACAAUCUCGGCCAGCCAAACCGUAGGUAAUGCGGGUUCGCCAACAAAGCUGACUGGUAUCGCCGGAGGCACGGCUUUCAAUGCGCCCGUUGCUAAUACAAACGCGAAUGCUUAUGGUGUUGAUGCCGCCCGCGAGAUGGGCCUGGCAAGCGGAGCUUCUGGGUCAUACAUCCUCACGCGGCGCGAUAUCAAUCGGUCCAACACUCCAGGACCAUCAGAACGGCAGGAACGGGCUGAUCGAUGUCACAUGCUUGAUCAACCCGUCAUUUGCCCCGUAGAGGAGCUUUUCGAGACACUUCAAGGUGAUGAAGAUGCAAAUGGUCGACCAGUUUACGAACCUUUCCAAAUAAGCAAUCCCAGUUUCAGUCAAGUCGACAAGGCAGCUCGGUUCGUAACCAGUCUGCCGAUCAGCAUCACCGCUGCCAGUCUCGCGACAGGUUUCAUCUGCCGGCCAUACCGCAGUGGCGUUCAAAGACUCCGAGCAAUUUUCAUCUGGUGCGCAGAAAGGAUCAGUUGGGAAGAAGACCAUGAUAUGGGCGGAUACAACUACAAUUCUGCCAUCGAUACAAGGCGGGUCAUACAAUCGAGAAGAGGGAAUAGCCAAGAAGUGUCGGCUUUGAUUGUGGAAAUGUGCUCUGCCAUUGGAAUCCACGCCGAGAUCGUGCAAGGAUAUCUCAAGACACCAGGUGAAGAUCUGGAUCUGGACAGCCUCAGUCGACCCAACCACUUCUGGAAUGCGAUACUCGUAGACAACGAAUGGCGAAUGAUGGACGCAAGCCUAGCAAGUCCGACCAAUCCGAAGCGAAUCCUAUACUCGAGCAUCAGCACAACCAUAGCGGAGGCGUGGUAUUUUCUUGCAAAGCCCAGCGAGAUAUCCUGGACACAUGUACCUGUUGAGGAUGCUCAGCAGCACAUGAUUCCCAGCAUCAGUGCGGAUGUACUGCUGAGCUUGCCUGGAACGUGUCCGCCCUUCUUCAGACAAGGUCUGUCAAUGCACGCAUACGACACUAGUAUCAUCCGCAUGGAAGGACUCGAAAUGUGUACACUGAGUAUCAAUGUCCCCCCAGAUGUUGAGAUUGUGGCAGAAGUCGAGGCCAGAAAAUACCUUCGAGAUCAGGACGGUGACGUAUACGAAGACGCAGACAACAUUACCAGGAAAAGAGCCCUCUCUCAGCCUAGCUGGUACAGAACCAUGCCAAACACCGAGAUUUGUCAAAAGAGAUAUGUUAUCAAAGCCAUUCUACCUGGAGACGAAGGAAUCGCCGUUUUGAAAGUAUACGCUGGGAAGAAGGGGCUUAUGCUCAGUUCUCGGGAUAUUGUCCAUCCUGUAGCCCUGGCCUUGCCCUUGUACCAAUCUGGCGAGAACCCUGCGUAUGAUUUCGUUCUACGGCAUCCCACACCACAUGCCACAAGACAGGAUCUUUACGUUGUCCAACCACAAUGCAUACGAUUGGGUGCUGGCGAGACAUACGUCUUCUGCGUUCGACAGCACGCUGCUUCUGUCGCUUCAACCCCCGCCUCAGAAGCAAAUGGCUUUGAUCUUCGACCUGUCAGUCCGAACCCCCUUGCACGACCAGCCAGUGCCAUGAGUAUGACGAGCAGUGCAGCUGGGAGCAAUCCAAGUGAACAGGGCAGCACAAUCAUUGGGGCAGGAGGUGUGAAAAUCAAAGACAAGCCGGCAAAGCUAGCGAUUCAAAGCCCGAGUGGGAAAAUCAUCAGACUGAAUCGUCGGCAUGAAGGCCUACCACAAGCAAGUGCGCUCAGAGAGGUCGACGGUGAGAUCUUGGGCAGUGUGUGGGAGACGACGGUCAAAGUUACGGAGCGCGGGACCUGGCGUGGUCUGGUGCUGGCAGAUCGAAGUGCGAGGUGGUGUGUCUUUUGCGAAUGGGAGUGUUCAUGA